GUACAUAAUAUAAUUCGUGUCUGGAUGACGCACAGAUAUGUCAAAUCUAACCUUUAAUAAUAAGACAAUACGAAUCACACACGUCGUCGUGAAUGAUACGAUCUGUAUAAAAACAUAACUCUCCUUCUGAUACAGUCGGUUAUAAAGCAGCGUGCAUCUUCUUAUGUAACAUACAUUAAAGAAUAAACAAACACGUAUUUCUCACGCAUUGUCCACCAUGUUUACGAGACGAGAAUUUCUCUCUACACUACACAAACAGCCAUUUAAAAGCUAGUUCAAAUAUGAUACUUAUUGUACAGGAACACGGUACACAAUUGAAUGUAUUUUCAAAUGGCACUUGCGGUUGUUAUUCACGUUGUGCAGUACUAUUGUCUUCUCCAAAUCUGUUGAUGUCAACUACAAUGCGUAACAGUUUGUCAGUAACCACGAUGCAAUCAAGAGAGUUUGUUCUGGUGCUACUGGCUAUGCAGAUUGUUAUUUCUAGGCAGUGGCCCGCAUCAGAAGAAAGGAAGUCAGUAAAAGUUCGGAAAUCAACCUCUGACAACACCAAAUACUACCCACCUGGUUCUGAAAACAAAAGAUGGGUAUCCAGAGAGCCGGGAUAUCGAGAGCUACGUAAAAAGCCAUCAGGACAUUUAACACCACUUAGACCGGAUGAUAUGGAUACCGACGGAGUAGUCUCAGUUGCAGUUGGACCCCCACCUAUAAGACCUAAAUUCGACAGAAGCAAGGCCAUACGCAACCAAAACAAUAAUAAUAAUACCCUCAACAAAAGAGCACCUAAUAAUAAUGCUGUCAACUUCGUAAAAGAUAUCCUCACACAACUGGGAAGAGAGUUCCUGACACACCAAGUAAAUGAAGACUUCGUAUUUGGACAAUACAUCGGGAAUUCCAUGAAGAAUUUAACAAGUGCUUUGAAACUUAGAAUGCAACAUGAAAUUUUAGAUAUAAUAGUUAAAUAUCAGAGAAUCAACAAUGGCGAUAUAGCGAAAGAAGAUAUCAAACCGAAAGAAGAGGAUAAGAAUAAAGGGCCGAAAUAUGAUAAAACUGAGAAAAAAACGACAAAUGAAACAGAAGAACCGUGGCCGGAUUUUUCAAACUUAGCAAAAAUUGUUGGUUAGGGGAAAGCUCUAAUACUGUAAUAGUAUUAAUAAGUAAUAGUUCUUUGAAUAAGAAUUAAAGAAAACCCAUCUCGGUACAAGGUCGAGAAGAAUCUAAAACCAUUAUAAAGUACGCAAAUUUACAAAUAAGAGACAAAAAUCCUGUCUUCUCUAGCAAACAAAGGACGCUAAGCACAAACAGUUUAUAAAUUAAAAGCGUAAUUGCUGUCCCGAUGACGAAAAUGAUCAACGCCUGUGCGAGCGAGGCAGCACUAUAUUUAUGUACGAAUAAUAGAGAUAAGAAAUGGCAUGUCAAUGUACGAAAUUCUUCCUAGUGAUUUUAAAGUAACACAAAAAUAUUUAAGUACAUUUUAAUUUAAUUAAAAUGUACCUAUGUAAUGUUUUAGACCAACACACUUCAACUGUUCGAUUUUAGUUAAGUAACUGAGCUUUACCAAAGAGAAUUUGAAAUAGAGGUGGAUUGUCCAAGAAAACUUUGUAGCCACAGUAAAUUUACUGCCAACUUUCGACACAUGAUUAAACUGUUAGAACGCCAUUUGACUUUGAUCCUUAUCCUUACACUGAUAUGUGUUAAAUUUUUUAAAUAUCCAAAAUUCUCGCCAUCUAAUCGAUCAUAGGCCAUUUUAAUCAUGUCUCAAAAGACGACAAUAAAUUUACUGUGGCUACAAUGUUUACUUUGACAAUCCACCUUUAUUUCAAAUUCUCUCUACUGAGUAUUAACUUCUGUUGCUUUAAAACAUUAUUAAAUCAAUGUUACAAAGUCAUAGUUUAAUUGAUAGUGUUAACUCGAUUUAAAGUCCUAAGCAAAUGCCUUUAAUAUCGAUAAUCGGAUUGAAAACCUGUUAUUUUAGGAUGAGAAACUUUUGUCGUUUGGAUACUCAUCCUAAUCGUAUUAUGUUGCGUCCAUUGUGUUGAUUUAGGUCCACAAACUACACAGACACCACAUUAGGAAGC